AUGGACUUUUUCAAGCGGCGACCCAAGACGUCGGCCAUGGCCACAUCGGCGCGCAAUGCUGCGUUUGCCCAUCGCCUGCAGCUGCUCGAGAAGGCGCCGAUGGAUCCCACGGUGCGCACUCGCCUCGUGACGGCCGCGCGGGAAUCCAGCGCCACCUUUGUCGCGUUCUGCACGUCGCCCAAGAUUACGAGUGCGUUCACGUACCUCGGCGAUGACCGGCGCGUGCAGCUCUUCGAGGGCCGCGUUCACGGACGCUACGUCGCCAAGGCCGUGACGCUGGUGCCUGGGACGGUCCAGGACGUGCUCGCGGCGCUGGCCGUUGACUCGACGCCGGCAUUGGCCAAAACCAUGCGCAUGCUGUUUGGAAAGGCCUUUGCAGACGGCAUGACGCUGCACGCCGCUGCCAAGCCCGUGGAAGACAGCGACGGUGUGCACGUGCACUGGCUGGCACUUCUCGGUGGCCAAAACAUGGGCGACAUGGCCGAGUGCGAUGCGGUGUUCACGUCCCAUACGCAGUACUACGAGCCAGACGCAACCGACGCCAUGGAGCUCUUGGCGACACCGACAUUCUCGCCCGCCGUCGUGGCAGGCAGCCACGUGUGGGAGUCGACGACGAUCCUGCGGUCGCUUGAGCCAGUGCCGUCGCGCCACCCGACACCUCGUCUCGACCUCCGCUCGUCUGGUGUCUAUGUCGAGUCAACGGUCAGCGAUCGUGGAUUCAACGAAAACGUCGUGCGUGUCACCAUGGUUCUCUCGCUCGCAGGCAAUACAACCACGAACAGUGUCGAGCGAUGGCUGCAGGGUCUUGUGUCGGGCGCAACGACCGAGCUCAGCCGAGUCGCCCGUCGUGGCACCAUCCAGCUCAUACCCCGGGAAGAGUGGGCGCACUCGCGCGCUUGUGCCCAAUGCGCUGUCACGUUCCGCCUCUUUCGGCGGCGGCAUCACUGCCGCCUCUGCGGCCACGCGGUCUGUGGCACGUGCUCGUGCGCCAUGGACCUCGACUACCCAAUGCUGGCCAACGGCGACGUCGUGCGGCACGCAACCGUGCGCAGUUGCACCCGCUGCGCGUUCGAGAGCCACACCCUCGUGCACCGGGGCACUGGGCGCAGCCACAGCGCACCCAUGGACAUGGCCGUGUCCGACCCGACGCCAUCCUCCCGGCGGCGCGUCUGGAGCAUCAACAUGGCGCCACUGUCUUCGUCAGCGUCAAGCAGCCGUCUUCAGCGCGGUAGCAGCUCGUACUUUGACUUUUCUGACUCGGAGUGCGGCACGCCACUGCACGCCGCGACGCCCAGCCGGCGUCCUUGUCAACCGAUUGCCGAGAUGGGCGGCGAUAGCAGCGUCGGGUACAAACCCCUGGAUCGCGCAGAGCGCAUGCGGCGACGUGCGUCACCACCGAGCAUCAAACCUCGGAUCAAGCUCAUUGAAGACGACUUGCUGGAAGAGCUCCUUAUGACAACGUCGCAAAGUCACGACGAAGACGACGACCGUCUCCGCUUCUCGCAAAUCGAUUUGAGCGUCUCGCCCCUCGCGCCGGACGACACAUUCCCAAGCCUCUCGAGCCGCGGCGCCGUCGCACGCCAGCUCGAGAAGCACCUAUCGGAAGACCCGAUUCUCGUUGAUUUCGGCGACGCGCUCUCCAGCAAGCGUUACUCGGCGAGGAGUGAGGACAUGAUUUGCCUUCAUACGACGACAGUUUAA